AUGAAUUUCCAGGAUGAAUCAGACGAGGGCUUAGGAGAGUAUCAAGGGCUGUUUAGACUUGUCUUCGAUAAUAUUCGGUUAAGUAGGCUCGGUAAGGCUAGCGGAAAUCUUGUUGAAGGAUCACGUAAGCUGGUCAAUUCCGUGGAAGCUCUGGGUCUACACCUUGACGACGAGAAGAUGUACGCAGGCCGUCUACAAUUUUGGAAAACUUUCAAUACGUGCUGGCAAGCGCUUGGACAAAAACAGAAAGACGUGACUUUGGAGGCUUUUAGAACCGGAAGGAAGCCUGCAGAUAUGCUUUCGGUGGAGAGAAUCAAAGUGUUGAUGGAUGAUCUGGUGGGUAUGUGUGAUCAACUGCAGCCGUAUGGCUUGGUCGACUUCGAGAUGGGCAUUUGGGAAGAACAAAUUAUCGACAUUUUCAUCGAGGGCCUUGAUCUACUUUGCCCAAGGGCAGUAGAGACCCAACGAAAAGCCCAUGUGUAG